GCCCUGCCCCUUCGAGUCGAUUUGUUGGACACAAUCAGAGAAAGGCAGACAUGUACAGUCCGUGCUUACAAGCAGCACUGCGUGGAAAUGUGAUAUUAUGUAGCUUUCUUUUUUUGGAUUUCGCACAUCUUUCGUUUUUUACAUUUGCUGAUUAAGUGCGCAUUGACUACAAGGGGAGAUAUUUUCAUUUGUUGGAUUAAGAAACGGACUGUUGUCGGACAGAACAAUGAGACGGCAAGUACUGUUGUUUCUUUCGGCUCUAUGCCUCGGCUACGUGAUCGGGCAGGUCAGUUACUCGAUUCCCGAAGAAAUGGCCAAAGGAUCAGUCGUCGGGAACAUCGCUCAUGAUUUAGGAUUGGAUCUUAAAAGAAUACGAUCUGGUAAAGCUCGUGUCUACACGGGAGGCAGUGCAGAAUACAUCGGGCUGAAUAAAGAAAGGGGAGUACUCCUUAUCCAAGAGAGAAUAGACAGAGAGGCUCUAUGCGGAGAGAUGACGCCUUGUGCUUUACAUUUCCAGUUAAUUCUGGAAAAUCCAAUGGAGUUGUUUCGUGUUACUGUGGAGAUUACCGAUAUAAACGACAAUGCUCCCAGUUUUACAAACGCAGAGAAGCGUUUUGAAAUUAGUGAGUCCGCUGUUAUAGGAUCGAAAUUUAUGUUAGAGAAAGCAAUUGAUUCGGAUAUUGGGACGAAUGGCUUACAGCAAUACUCACUCACUCCGGUGGAUAACUUUGUAUUAAAACUAGAAAAUCAGGCAGAUGGAAAUAAAAAGGCAGAGUUGGUGCUGCAGAAGUCACUAGAUCGAGAAAAACAGAAUUAUAUUUCACUGUUACUGACUGCUUUAGAUGGAGGGGAGCCACAAAUGUCGGGGACGAUGCAGAUAUUCAUUAGCGUACUAGAUGCGAAUGACAAUGCACCUACAUUCGCUAAACCGCUGUACAGAGCAAAAAUACUGGAAAAUUCUCCAAAGGGCACCAGUAUAACGACUGUAAGUGCAUCUGAUAAAGACAUUGGCUCAAACGGAGAAGUAUCGUAUCUGAUAGCUCCUAGCAAACGUCUUUUAAAUGAACUGUUUAAAAUUGACUCGAAAAGUGGUGAAAUCAUUCUCAUAGGAGAAAUAGAUUAUGAGAAAGCAAACGCUUAUCAGAUCGAUAUUGAAGUUAUUGACAGCGGGGGGCUCUCUGAUUCCACUAAGGUCAUAGUUGAUGUCAUUGAUAUAAAUGACAAUAAUCCUCAUAUAAACAUUGUUUCUAAAUCUGAAUCCAUACUUGAGGACUCGCCACCAAACACUGUUAUUGCAAUGCUAAGCAUAAGCGAUCCAGAUUCAGAGAAUAAUGGGAAAGUAGAGUGCAACAUUGAAAGUAAUAUUCCCUUCAAAAUACAGACAACAUUAAGUGGGUUUUAUACUUUAAUUACAGAGAUCGCUCUAGACAGAGAACUCGCUGCUCGAUACAACAUAACAGUGACGUGCUCUGAUGAGGGAGUGCCCUCCCUCUCCAGCAGCGUCACUCUCACCUUACAGAUCUCUGAUGUGAAUGACAACGCGCCUGUCUUUGAGAGGAGCUCAUAUGAGGCCUACAUUGUAGAAAACAACACACCAGGUCUCUCUAUAUUCACAGUGAAAGCCAGAGACGCUGACUGGAACCAGAAUGCCCGUGUUUCUUACAUACUGGAGGACUCCUCUGUUAAUGGAGUGCCAGUCUCCUCAUAUGUGUCCGUUAGUGCUGAUAGUGGAGUCAUACAUGCAGUGCGCUCGUUUGACUACGAGCAGAUCAAAGAUUUCCACUUCAGCGUCAAAGCUCAGGAUGGAGGUUCUCCUCCACUCAGUAGUAAUGUGACUGUGAAGAUACUGAUCCAGGACCAGAACGACAACCCUCCUCAGGUUCUUUAUCCAGUACAGACUGGUGGCUCUGUGGUGGGUGAGAUGGUGCCUCGUUCAGCAGAUGUGGGCUAUCUGGUCUCUAAAGUGGUGGCUGUUGAUGUGGACUCUGGACAGAAUGCCUGGCUCUCCUAUAAACUCCAGAAAGCCACAGACAGGGCGCUGUUUGAAGUGGGCUUACAGAAUGGAGAAAUAAGAACUAUCCGCCAAGUGACUGAUAAAGAUCCUGUUAACCAAAAACUGACUGUUAUAGUGGAGGACAACGGACAGCCCUCUCGUUCAGUUACAGUCAUUGUUAACGUGGCGGUGGCGGACAGCUUCUCUGAAGUGCUGUCGGAGUUCACUGACUUUAAACAGGACAAGGAGUACAAUGACAACCUGACUUUUUACUUAGUGUUGGCUCUGGCUGUAGUUUCCUUCCUCUUCAUCACGUGUUUAGUGGUUAUUAUCUCAGUGAAAAUCUACAGAUGGAGACAGUCUCGUGUCCUGUAUCACUCCAAUCUCCCUGUGAUUCCAUAUUAUCCACCGCGUUACUCAGACACUUUGGGGGCGACAGGGACUCUCCAACACGUGUACAAUUACGAGGUGUGCAGGACGACUGACUCCAGAAAGAGUGACUGUAAGUUCGGCAGAGCUGGUAGUCAGAACGUGCUGAUCAUGGACCCCAGUUCUACAGCAACGAUGCAGAGGAUACAGAGUGAAAAGAGCAUCCUGGAUGAACCAGACUCUCCUCUUGAGGUUAGGAAACAUUUUUCUCAAUCCCAAUUCACUGUUUCUGUCUGUGACCACUGAAUCUCAGGACCUUGGACAGAGGCAGUACAGUUUCUUUGUUAUGUCAUAUCUUUCUCUAAUAGUUUGAAAAGAGAAUCCUUAUCGC